AUGAGGAGUGGAAUUGGUGAAGUUCAGGCACCCCCUCCACCUCCUUCUCGUGGCGGUCCUCCUCCACCUCCUCCACCACCACACAACUCGGCUGCUCCCCCUGUUCCUCCUCCUCCCCCGUCCAGAGGAGGACGCGGAGCCCCGCCUCCCCCUCCUCCGUCCAGAGCCCCCGCCUCAGCGCCUCCCCCUCCGCCUCCGUCCAGACCGGGAACUCUGGGUGCCCCACCUCCUCCACCUCCUCCCACUAGGGGAGGUCACCAGCCCCCUCCUCCUCCUCCUCCUCCCCCCCACCAUCACCACCACCACCAGCCUCCUCCUCUUCCUCCUCUGUCUUGCCUGCACGCCUCGAUCUCCCCACAAGCCCCGCCCCCUCCACCUCCGCCGGUGGCCCAGCAGUCUCCAGUUGUCGGCUCCGCCCCCGCUCCACCACCUCCUCCUCCUCCUCCCCCUCCCGGCCCCCCUCCACCUCCGGAGCUGGACGGCAUCAGCGGGUGCGGAAACUCCCCGAAUUCGCCAAGCCCCGGCGGGAAGUCGGCGCUGCUGGAGCAGAUCAGAGGAGGAGCUCAGCUGAAGAAGGUGGAGCAGAACAACCGAACGCCGGCCUCCGGCGUGGGACGGGACGCCCUGCUGGACCAGAUCCGACAGGGAAUCCAGCUCAAGAACGUGCCGGAUCUUCCGGAGUCCGGACCGCCGGGGUCUGCUCCCACGGCGGGCAUCGUCGGCGCUCUCAUGGAAGUGAUGCUGAUAAGGAGCAAAGCCAUCCAUUCCUCAGACGAAGACGAGGAUGACGACGAAGUCGACGACUUCGAAGACGACGACGAGUGGGACGACUAGUGAAGACAUCUCCCCCCCCCCCCCCCCCGCACCUUCUGCUGACACUAAAAUAUCCUCUAAAAAUCUUCCAGCAUCCGACUAACAUUGCAAUGUAAAUGUUGUAUGAAUUGGCUGUAUAUUUAUUUUUGCCCUUUUUUUGCUUUUUUUUUUAUGAUUUGUUGUAAUUAAUCCGUGCAAUACCUCAUCUGUUAAAUCUGUAAAGUUCGUCACACAUCCUCACCGUUAAAGACUCCUCUCAUCCCGUCAUUAGAAAGCACUUAACGCCGCCAUCAGCACAGUGUGGAGACAGACGCCCGGGGCCACAUUUCAUUAUUCACGGUAUCAAACACUAGGAGUCUGAACUGGAGUCUUCGUGGGCUCGUUGUUGUUUUGUGUUCAUUUCUUGUUUUCGUUCCUCGUGAAGGAGACUGCAGAGGGAGACGUAAAGGUGCGACCAAACAGGCAGGAUCCUCUUUGUGUUCUGACAGCGGUCGGUUUAAAAACGCGAUAUAACACUAUUUUUCUUACCGUGCUUCUUUUCGUACCUCCGAGUUUCCUAAUAAAUUGUAAGUUUAGUCGUGUUAUUUUUCCUCAUGAACCCUUUUUUUGACCAAAAAUGCGGCGGCUCGGUCGCCUCGUGUGGAUUUUCAACUUUACGUUUUUUAUUAAUGACGUUAAAAGCCGUUUAUUUGCACACAGUUUAUAUGAUAGUUACGUUUUGUGUUUUUUCAGGUGUGCAUUUGUCGAGUCGUUUUCAUGUCGUCUCGAGCAGGUUACUGUGACCGUGACCCUUUUAAGAAGCUAAAGGGUUAAUAUGUCGACCUUUAAAAAAACAGGACUACAAACAUGGCGGAGGACGUUUCGCCCUCUUUGGCUUGAUACAGAAACAUGUUCUGCGCAGGGUAACGUACGCACACACACACACACACACACACACACACACACACACACACACACUGUGGCAUUUGUGAAAUGAUAGAAGUUUUGUUCUUAACGUCUGGUUGGUUGUUUUUGUUGUGACGU